AUGUUGAAAGUCCUCACCUCCACACACCGGUUCCAGGCAGCUACGUCGUUUGGGUCACAACUCCGACCUGGGCCCACCUCCGAGGACGCCUCUCCAAUUCUUCGGCUCCUGAACUCCCUCGGAGGAACAAAUAGAAAAAGCCCGUAUUUUUACCGCCGAUUCUUCUGCUCCAACUCCUCUGAUGGGUCAAACCCGGCGGAAACUGGUUCCAAGGUCAGAGAGGUUGAUGGCGAAGUGGCCGAAUCUAAGUCUUCAUCAGCUAUUGUCCCCACUGUAUUUAGACCUGAAGAUUAUUUAACGGUUAUAGCAUUACCCCUGCCACACAGACCAUUAUUUCCUGGAUUUUACAUGCCUAUUUAUGUGAAGGAUCCAAAAUUGUUAGAAGCUUUAGUAGAGAGUAGAAAACGGCAAGCCCCUUAUGCUGGUGCUUUCCUACUUAAAGAUGAGGCAGUAACUGAGGGUAAAGAUGAGAAAAAUAUAUACGAUCUCAAAGGAAAAGAGUUAUUUAAUCGCCUUCAUGAAGUUGGUACGCUAGCUCAGAUUACAAGCAUCCAAGGAGAUCAGGUGGUUCUUAUUGGUCACAGGCGACUUCGAAUAUCUGAGAUGGUCAGUGAGGAUCCUCUUACGGUCAAGGUCGAUCAUCUCAAGGAAAAGCCUCAUGAUAAGGAUGACGAUGUUCUUAAGGCAACGUCAUUUGAAGUUAUAUCAACUCUUAGAGAUGUUUUGAAAAUUAGUUCGCUUUGGCGGGAUCAUGUACAAACUUAUACUCAGCAUAUAGGUGAUUUUAAUUAUCCAAGAUUAGCAGAUUUUGGAGCUGCUAUAUCAGGUGCAAACAAAUCACUGUGCCAGCAAGUUCUCGAAGAACUAGAUGUUCAUCAACGACUAAAACUUACUCUGGAGUUAGUGAAGAAGGAGAUGGAGAUUAGUAAGAUCCAGGAAUCAAUAGCAAAGGCGAUUGAAGAAAAGAUAAGUGGAGAGCAGCGACGAUACUUGUUGAAUGAGCAACUCAAGGCCAUAAAGAAGGAAUUGGGAUUAGAGACUGAUGACAAAACCGCUCUUUCUGCAAAGUUCAGGGAAAGGCUUGACCCAAAGAAGGAGAAAAUCCCACCUCAUGUUUUGCAAGUCAUAGAAGAAGAAUUGACAAAAUUGCAAUUAUUGGAAGCUAGUUCAAGUGAAUUUAAUGUGACUCGUAAUUAUCUUGAUUGGUUGACUGCACUGCCUUGGGGUGAAUACAGUGACGAGAACUUUGAUGUAAUACGAGCACAAAAUAUUCUCGAUGUAGACCAUUACGGAUUAACUGAUGUCAAGGAAAGGAUACUGGAGUUUAUAGCUGUGGGGAAACUGAGAGGAACGUCACAAGAUAAGAUAUUCACUUUUAUGCUUAUCCCUGACAUUGAAUGUGUUGAGGUGACAGAUGCAGCCCUUCUUGCUUUGAUUGAAAAUUACUGCAGAGAAGCUGGGGUUCGGAAUCUUCAAAAACAAAUAGAGAAGAUAUACCGAAAGAUUGCUCUACAACUUGUGCGAGGAGAAGCACAUGUUGAACCUAUGAUUGCUGGGGUUCAGGUUCAACCUGAUGAGGUGAAGGCAGAAUCUGAUCGCGUGCCCAAUGAAACCAUGGUUGAAGGAGUAGGAGCUGAAUCAGUUGAUGGCAGCAUCAAUGGAAAGGAUUCUGAAACUGCUGCGGAAGCUGAAAUAGUGGAGGUGGAUUCCCCAGCCGAUCAAAUUUCAUCCAUUAAUCAAUCCAGUGCUCUGGAGGACUCUUCUGAAGCUGAAAAGAUUCAGGAAAUUAAAGCAACCAGCACAGAAAAAAGGGUCUUGGUUGAUACGUCUAAUCUUGUCGAUUUUGUUGGCAAGCCUGUUUUCCAUGCCGAGCGCAUAUAUGAUCAAACACCAGUCGGAGUUGUAAUGGGUCUUGCUUGGACUGCAAUGGGUGGCUCUACGCUCUAUGUAGAGACCUCUAACAUUGAGCAAGGAGAAGGCAAGGGGGGGCUUAAUCUUACAGGACAACUCGGAGACGUAAUGAAGGAAAGCGCACAGAUUGCUCACACCGUUGCCCGAGCCAUAUUGCUCGAGAAGGAUCCAGACAACCCCUUCUUUACCAAUUCAAAGCUUCAUCUUCAUGUUCCUGCAGGUGCCACCCCAAAGGACGGUCCAAGUGCUGGUUGCACUAUGAUAACGUCCUUGCUGUCUCUUGCCAUGAAUAAGCCUGUUAGGAAGGACCUUGCAAUGACUGGAGAAGUCACACUAACUAGAAAAAUUCUUCCAAUUGGCGGGGUCAAGGAAAAGACUAUCGCUGCAAGGCGGAGUGAUGUGAAGACCAUCAUAUUUCCUUCAGCUAACCGGAGAGAUUUUGAUGAGCUAGCACCGAAUGUGAAGGAAGGCCUCGAGGUACAUUUUGUAGAUGAUUACAGUCAAAUAUUUGAUUUGGCUUUUAACUAUAGCCAGGACACGGAAUAA